AUGUGUGAUGCAAAUCCUGGUGUCAACCGGCCUUUGAAUAUCAUCAAGCAACUGGUUUCAGUAAACAAUAUUGAUCUCAAAACCGAUUCGGCCACUAAUACGCAAUCAGUUGAUGCCUUCGAUCUGGAUCUGAUAUUCACCACCUUUCCAAGGGGCCGCAACGGUCAGAUUUCGGGGGUAGAUGAUUCAAGCGAGACGUCUGAGAUUGGCGGUAAUCUAGAUCCACUAUUUGGUCCCAUGGAUUGCCCCCCUGUGCCGUUUGUUGAUGCUUCUCUUACUAAAGAUUUCCUCGAAGAUCCGAUCAUAUAA